UGCCUCUUUCAAAUCAACUAUGCAUGUGCUCGCAUGAUAUGGUGGCCGAAUGCUCUUUAAAUAAUGUUUUGCAUGGUAACAUUAAGAAAUGUAGCUUCUGAGUAUUACUUAUAUAUAUUUAUAUAAUGCAUAAUUCAAGCAGAGCAAUAGGGUAAGCUGAGAUAUGAAAACUUUGAUGAUGGGUUAUAAACACACAUGCACUCGUAGUUUCGGACGUGUGUGUGUGUGUGUGUGGGGGUCUUCCGUUAGAGCGCCUGCAUCCGCAUUUCACAGCAGGCCGUGAGAAUCCCUGAUAUCAGAAGAAAAAUAACCUGCACUUUUUACACACUCAUGCAGCUAAAGAAAGAAAAAAACCCGCAAAGUGAUAAUCGCAUCUUCACAGCAAUAAGGGAAGUUGUGUGUAACCUAAAUCUACGAGAAAACAGAAGAGAAACCAGCCGCUUGCGAGACAACCAAGGAGGUAUAAUGACGAGGGACAGUGGACAUUUCAUGCUUUGUGUAGUUCUUUGGAGUGUUGUGUUUGGGAUUGUGGAUGGGUACCGACCCGUCAUUAUAGUGCAUGGAUUAUUUGAUGGGCCAAAACAGUUCAUCCAGCUGUCCAAGUUUAUCAGUGAGACACACCCAGGUACCAGUGUGACUACAAUAGACUUGUAUGAUGACGUGGCCAGCCUGAAGCCCCUUUGGCUACAAGUCAGUGGAUUCAGUACGCAAAUCAAAUCCAUCAUGGAGAACGCUAAAGAUGGCAUCCAUCUCAUUUGUUUCUCACAAGGGGGUCUGGUGUGCCGAGGGAUUAUUGCCACCCUUCCCGAACACAAUGUCCACUCCUUGAUCUUUUUGUCAUCACCGCUGUCUGGCCAGUAUGGAGUGACAUCAUAUAUAAAGCGCGCCUUCCCAAACUGUGUGACGCACUUCGUUUAUAAACUGUGCUAUAACUUCUUUGGACAAAAGAUUUCGAUCUGCAACUUCUGGAAUGAUCCACAUCAGAGAGAGAGAUACUUGAAGAGCAGUAAAUAUCUUGCCCUACUAAAUGGCGAGAUCUACCACUCUAAAUUACCAGAGUGGAGAGAGCAUUUCUUAAAAAUUAAGAAGUUGGUGCUGAUUGGAGGACCAGAUGAUGGCAUUAUUACACCCUGGCAGUCAAGUCAGUUUGGAUUCUUUAACAGCAAUGAAACUGUGGUCGAAAUGAAAUACCAGGAUUGGUAUUUGAGAGAUGUGUUUGGACUGAAAACACUAGACUCCAGAGGAGACGUGGUCCAGUGUGUUGUCUCGGAUGUAAAACACGUCUUCUGGCAUUCAAAUUUCACUGUGUAUGAAAACUGCAUAGAGAAGUGGCUCACAUAAGUAGCAGACGUCUUGAUUUACACACCUGAACCAUAACAUUUAGACUGCUUAUCUUCUUUGUGAUUAAAAGACAAAUGAUUGUGCAUAUGUAAAAAAAAGUAAAUUUCUAUGUGAUAUUUAUAACUUAUAUGUAUAAAAAAAAAAAAAAUGUUGCACAGGAAUAUUGUUUUCCACAUUAGACUGUUUUAAACUUGCUGUAAUAAAUAAAUAAACCAAAUCUUUUUUUA